CAAUACAAGAUGGCGGCCCCUGCAGCAGGUUCAGGUGUUACUCCCGGGGCCCCAGGCAGCUCCGCCGCUGUCGUGGCCCCCAGUACAAGCAGCAGCAGCGUGAACCCCUUUCUGAGCGACUCGGAGGAAGAAGCAGAGGAAGAGGAGGAUGAAGACGAGGAAGAUGUGUCUCCGCUGCACGCCCGCCCUGUCCCUUCCCUUGCUGUCCGGUAUUUACCGGACGACAGCGAACCCGCCCUCCUGCAGCCCGGCGGGCCACGGCUGACCGUCCCUUCGGGGGAGCCCGGGCGGGUACCACUGGACGCGGUGGCGGCGCAGCUGCUGCGGGAUCAGCUGCUGCUCACCGCUUUGGAGCUGCACAGCGAGCUGCUGGAGACCGGCAGGGAGCUGCCCCGGCUCCGGGACUAUUUCUCCAAUCCCGGGAAUUUCGAGAGACCGACGGCGGGGCCUCCGACAGCAGCGGGCAUCAGUAACCCCAGCAGUGCCGGCGGCCAGCUGAAUCGAGCGGGUAGCAUUAGCACUCUGGAUUCGCUGGACUUCGCGCGGUACUCUGACGAUGGAAAUAGGGAGACCGAUGAGCGGGUGGCAGUCCUGGAGUUUGAGCUACGGAAAGCCAAGGAGACCAUUCAGGCCCUCAGGGUCAACCUUACACUGGCUUCAGAAAAUGAAGUUCCUUUGCAGGAAUGCAAGAAUUAUAAAUCAAGUCCUGAAAUUCAGGAGCCUAUAAAACCUCUUGAAAAAAAAGCACUAAACUUCCUUGUCAAUGAAUAUUUAUUGAAAAAUAACAACAAACUCACUUCUAUAACCUUUUCUGAUGAGAAUGAUGAGCAGGACUUUGAACUGUGGGAUGAUGUAGGGUUAAACACCCCAAAGCCUCCAGACUUGUUGCAGCUUUACAGAAACUUUGGCAGCCACCAAACUGUAGUGAAAGACACAGCAGAUGCUGAAGUAAGUGUAGACGAGGACGAUCUGGAGCCCCUUCUGAGAGCCGAGCGGCCUGCUGUGGAGCCAGUAGUUGUACAGUCAUCUGCAUUAGUGCAAGAAUUAGAAGAUAGAAUCAGGCAAUGUAACGAUGAGAAAGAAGUUUUGCUGGAUCAAAUUAGGAUCCUCCAGAGGGAAAUGGAAACGUUCAGAACCACCUCUUUGGCGGAUGUUAUUCCUGAAUCCCAGGAGGUUCCUCCUCCCAGACUCCAGAACCAGACUUCAGAAGAAAGCGACCAUUACCUAGAUAUCCGAACAAAAGACAGUGACCCUAAAUGGGAAAAAGCUGACGAAAGCCAGGCCGUAGAGCACACUGAAACAGACUUCCAGCUGUCACAAGAUAUCCCUCCCAGCCCUGACUUGUCAAAAAUUAGCAAGAAGACCGUGCUGUGUACACUUCCCCUCAAAGAUGGUGUCCAGUUUGAUCAGCCUAAUCGAAAACUGUCUCCGGCCUUUCAUCAAGCGCUGCUUUCUUUUUGCCGCAUGUCCGCUGACAGUCGUCUAGGAUCAGAGGUGUCCAGGAUUGCUGACAGCGAGAACGGAGUCAUGCUGAUGCUGGGACGGUGCUUGCCUCAUAUUGUCCCAAACGUGCUCCUUGCAAAAAGAGAGGAAUUGAUUCCAUUGAUACUGUGCACCGCCUGCCUCCACCCAGAGUCUAAAGAAAGAGACCAGCUCCUGCAUAUUCUGUUUAAUUUAAUAAAGCGUCCAGAUGAUGAGCAAAGGCAAAUGAUUUUAACUGGAUGUGUGGCUUUUGCUCGCCAUGUUGGGCCAACUCGCGUAGAAGCAGAACUUUUGCCACAGUGUUGGGAACAAAUCAAUCACAAGUACCCUGAAAGAAGGCUCCUUGUGGCAGAAUCAUGUGGCGAUCUGGCACCGUACCUCCCUAAAGAGAUAAGAAGCUCUCUGGUGCUGUCAAUGUUGCAACAGAUGUUACUGGAAGACAAGGCUGAUAUGGUGCGGGAAGCGGUCAUUAAAAGUCUUGGCAUAAUUAUGGGAUACAUUGAUGAUCCAGACAAGUAUCAGCAGGGUUUUGAACUCUUACUGACCGCAUUAGGGGACCCCUCAGAAAGAGUAGUGAGUGCCACUCACCAGGUGUUUUUACCAGCCUAUGCUGCAUGGACAAUGGAACUUGGAAAUCUCCAAUCCCAUCUAAUUCCCACCCUUCUUAGCAAAAUUGAAAAGCUCCUCAGGGAAGGAGAGCACGGGCUGGAUGAACACAAGCUGCACAUGUAUCUCUCUGCGCUGCAGUCCCUUAUCCCCUCACUCUUUGCCACUGUUUUACUGAAUGCACCAUUUGCCAGUAAAGCCAAGCUUCAGGGAGAAAUACUGCAGAUAGAAGUGACUCGCUUUCCACGCCCUAUAUCGCCUCUUCAGGAUGUAGCGACCAUCAUUGGCAGCCGUGAGCAGCUGGCUGUGCUACUUCAGCUUUAUGACUACCAGCUGGAACACGAGGGAACCACUGGCUGGGAAAGUUUACUUUGGGUUGUUAAUCAACUAUUACCACAACUGAUUGAGACACUGGGUCGCAUCAAUGUUGCAUCAACAGCUUGCGUUCAUGAGUUUUCAAGAUAUUUCUGGAGGUUGUGCAGAACGUUUGGCAAGAUUUUCACUAACACCAAGGUAAAGCCACAGUUCCAGGAAAUUUUGAGGCUGUCUGAGGAAAAUAUUGAUUCCACAGCAGGCAACGGUGUCCUCACAAAGGCUACUGUCCCUAUCUAUGCUACAGGGGUACUAACCUGUUACAAUCAGGAAGAAGACCGCAAGCUGCUUGUUGGUUUCCUUGAAGAUGUAAUGACAAUGCUCUCAUUAUCUCAUGCACCUCUAGAUAGUCUGAAAGCCUCCUUCGUGGAACUUGGGACAAAUCCAGCAUACCAUGAGCUGCUGUUGACUGUGCUUUGGUAUGGGGUUGUCCACACGUCCGCACUUGUACGGUGUACCGCAGCCAGAAUGUUUGAGAUUAUACCCGGUAUGAUUAUUCACACAGAAGAGGACCGUAUUAUAUUGCAGUGGGAAUAGAGGAAGUUUUUAGGCUGGAGCAGAUACCUGGCAAAUGAAGUUUAAAGUGUUCCUGUACCUUCCUGCAGCUAUUGAUGAUGGUUUCAUAGUGACAUAUCAAAGGUAUUGAUUGGUGGGGAUCCGUGUGCCAAGACUAGAGAGGGCAAUCCAUGCCUAAAACGAGAUAGAAGCGCUCACACAUAGACCUACUAUUGAGCUGGGUGGAAAGACAACACUGCCUGACCACUUCUAACUCCUCAUUUUAGGGAUUGGCGGGGGUUUUAGCACACAGACCCCACUGAUCAAAUCCUUGGAAAUGUCUUUAUGAACUUUUUUUUUUUUUUUUUUUAAACGUGCAUGUACACUUAAAUGGACUGUAGAUGAGAGCACACAUAAUACAGAGCAGCACAUUUGAUGUUAAAAUAAUGGGCAGAACAGACAUGAAAAAGGACUUUGUGGGUGAGGGGUAUUAGUGAAUGACAAAAUUAAAGGGAUUGUCUCGGAUUUAAAUAUUGAUGACCUAUACUCGGAACAGCAAAAAGCAAAAGGAAGUCCGCAUGUCCUUUCUUCUGUUCUUCAUCACAUAUACAAGAAACAAUAAAGGACAUGCUGACAUCAUUUUGCUGUUUUUAAUCCCAAUAAUUGCUGGGUGGAACCAUCCUACCACAACAUCCUGGUGUUUCCAAAUUGCGGUAAGGGACAUUUGGUGCGGUCUUCAAUUUUUUCUGUUGAUAUCCUCAGGAUAGCUCAUUAAUCUGAUUGGUGGACAUCCUACUCCCGGCUGAUCUGUUGGAAGAGGACAUGAACCUCGGGCGAGCUCUGUUGCCUCAUUGGUCACAUGGCCUUUGUGAAGCUCAAUCCCAUUGAAAUGAAUGAGAGUGAGCUGCUAUGGAAUGUACAUUGCUGUGCCUGGUAUUCUAGGAUAGGUUAUCACUACUUUAAUUCAUAAGAAAACCUUUAACAUUAACCAAUGUAGGUUGUUGAGAACAAACAUUUGGCAUUACUUGUGGCUAUGCCCAGCCAUUAGCAAAUUUUGGCAGGAAAUUCAUGAACGGACACAGAGAAUAUACAAUGUUCCUGUAAAAAAGUAAACCUUUUCGGUUUUCCAUAUUCAGAUGGAAAGAGGUUUACUGAAGGAAGAUAUUCCACAUAUACUGCAGAAAGGAACAUAUUAAACUGUUGGACACGUAAUGACCCCUGAAACAUCUUAAACUCCAUUGUGAGAAUAGAAUUGCUGGACAUAUACGCCAAAAGAGGACGAUGCUUUAGCACAAAAGAGUUGGGGAAAAUGAUGCUCAUGUCUCUUUGAAAGAGAAGAACAAUUAAUCUCUUGAAUGUUUAAAGGGGGUAUCCGAAGUCUAAAAGAUUCCCCCCAAUCCCCUGGCCCCUCAUAUUGCUCCAGAUCCCUGCACGGCCGCCACUGCAUCUCCCUGUCGCAUCUCCCACUGCUAGGGACGCUUGUCCCCGUCGCGGCCUUCUAUUGGCUGCUCUCCGAUCACCACCCCCCACCAACCGGAUGUUUUGAUCCACGCAGCGGGAAGAUGCAGCAGCGGCCAUGUAGGGAUCUGGAGCAACGCUGGUGCCACGGAGCAGGUAAGUAUAAUCUAUACGAGGGGCCCGGGCAUUGGGGGUGAACAUUUAGACUUCGGAUAACCCCUUUAACCACAUGUCCAGGAGAAGGAGGGUGGGGGGGUAAGGAAAAGGAUACAAAUGAUAGAUGAUUUUACUUUUUCUUUCAUGUAAGUGACUUUUAUAAAAUAAAAUAAAAGUUUGUCACAGAGUAUGAAACAAAAUGCUGCUCACAUCACCCUUCCUCUUCUAAGCUAAAUAUUACCCUUUCCAGCAAAGCAUUGUGGUCCAAAACAUUGAGGCUAUGUUAAGUGUUUAACUAUGAACCUGACUCUGACGAACUAAAAUGUUGGACUAGGUAGAUCUAGCAUAGGACAGUUUUUCCACAUGCUAGUGUAUCGGGUAAUCAGGAGAUCCAAAUCUGCGGGUCACCUCUGGCACUGUACAGGUGAAUACUUUCUAGGUUACUGUGCGUUGUGGCAUCAAACCGGCACCUUCAUCAGGUAUCAGGAUUUCUAGUAAGGCGCUGGAUUUGGAGUUCCUCAUGUAUUUGCUUUGUGAAUCCAUUUUGCCUUUGAUUUCUAUUAGUAUGUGAACUGGUAUUUCAGCAAUUUUAUUACGGAUAGUGAUCUGCCAGAUAAGAUAACUCAGCCCUAUUGGCUGGACCUUACAUACAGUAUAAGUAAGGGCAAUACAUUUCCAGAAAUCAUGAGUAUAGUUAGGUUGGAGCACUUGUGGUCCUGUUUUUGGGACAUAACUGCUGCAGUAUUAGUUGUAUCUGUAUGGGUACUUUGUAUGGUGUCUAUAAAGAACGCCAAGUUUUGACAUUUUCUGGCUAAGGAAGCCUUGUACUUUGUACGUGGCAUGCGAUUGCAUAUUUCUUUCAGGGGAGCCAACGGGACUUUCCAACUAACCUGUUAGUUAGUCUUGCUGGCUUUGUACAUGGCAUGAGAAUAUUUUAUUAGUAAAGUAUUGGAUAGGGAUGUUGUAGUUAUUUCUGUAUAUCUGUAACUUAGUCAGGGAUUAACAUAACUGAGAUACAGAUAAGUACCAUUUCCUAUACAUUUUUUUAUAAGUAAAAAUU